AUGGCCAAAGAUAAAGCUAAAACAUCCGUUGUGAAAUUACUAUCUACUGCAGCAACCGGUUUUUCAAGAUAUAUUAGGGUGAAAAGGGGAGCUCCUUUAGUUACACAAGUUAGAUACGAUCCAAUAGCUCAAAGACAUGUAGUGUUUACUGAAGCAAAGAAAAGGAAAUUUAUUCCUCAAAAACCUCUCAAUUUUUCUAGAAAUCCUAAACAAACAUAA